AUUGAGGUCAGUGUCUAAUGGCGUUCGUCGUCGCAGGUGUCAAGAAUAAUUUAUUUAAAAAACCCGUUGAAUAAAUCUAUUUAAGAGACAAAAAUAGAAAUUGUUGAAACGAUGGCGGAAGCGGCUGUAGAAGAACGAACGGCGUCCAAGUUUUACUGUCACGUGUGCAAUGUUCAGUUUGAGAACGCGUCAGCUAAUUAUACUUGCCCACAUUGCUGUAAUGGUUUUAUAGAGGAAUUGGACUCAAAUGGCGAUAACGAUGAGGAAUUUACUGAUGUUACUGACUCAGAGGACGAAAAUUAUCAGUUGUUUAAUUAUGGCCCACUGCGAUUGUUUCCACAAGCUGAGGAUAGGCGACGAUUCUUAUUGAAUCCUUCAUUAAGGAGCAGGUACGCCGCAGUACAUCCCCAAUCCAGGCAGCGACCCAGGAAUAAUCCGUCAAAUAUACGCAGUCAAAUCCCAUUUGAGGAUCUCAUCCAGGAAUUUGUAGUAAAUUUAGGCGUUGGAGUGAAUUGGGGAGGAGCCGGUAGCAUGGUUUUUUUAGGAAACCCCGGCGAUUACGCUUGGGGACAUGAAGGGCUUGAUGCGGUCGUUAGUCAACUUUUAAAUCAAAUGGAUACAUCAGGACCACCACCUUUAUCAAAAGAAGUUAUUGAUGCUUUACCAUCUGUUGAUGUUACUGAAAGUCAGGUAAAUGCAAAGUUGCAAUGUUCUGUUUGUUGGGAGGACUUUCAGUUUCAAGAGAAGGUGCGUCAAUUGCCUUGUCAACAUGUUUAUCAUGAACCGUGUAUACGUCCUUGGUUGGAACUACACGGAACUUGUCCAAUUUGCAGACAGAAUUUGGUUACGGGUGAACAACAGAAUAGUCAAGAUGAUAGUCAAACUAAUCCUGCAAGUUUGGCACUUCAGCAAUUAUUUCAAGUCGUUCAGCAGAGUUCCGGUUCGAAUUCAAAUCUAUCUUCAUCGGCGGGAUCUUCGAAUUCAUCGGCAACAAGCAGUUCCAGUUCUAGUUACAAUAGCGAUACGAGAAUGUAGAAUACUUGUAACGUACGGAGAAAAAUACAGAACGCAGAACGGUAAGAAGUCCGCUUCAAAAAAAUUAUUAUUUACCACUUAUAAAAAUCUUUUAUUAUUUAAUUUAAAUCGGGGAUUUUUUUUUUAAAGUAUUAAACUGUUUUUUAUAAAAAAAAUCGUUACAAGUUAUCUACUGAUUGAGAAAGUGUUGGAAAAAACCAUAAAGUAAUGUUAGUAACUUAUUUAAUUUAUAUAAUUCGCUUAAAAUGCAAAAAAAUGCGAAAAAUGGGUACAUCUGUAAAGUGUACAUAAAAUAGAUUUGAAAAGUGAGUUUUUUGUCAUAUUUUGUACAUAAUCCGCGUUAUUAUAAAUACUUCAUCUUCCGUUUAGCUUUCGUUUUUAAUGGUAAUCUUUAUUUCGUUACAAAUCAGCAAGAAAAUUUGAUUAUUUAAAUUACACACAUUUCGUGAUGAAUAAAUAAAAAAAAAUGGUGUAGA